AUGGUUCUGACCUCCUUGGCGCUUGAUGCGGCUCUCGUUAUCGUCUCCGUGGCCGUAGCAACUGGUGCUGUGCUGUUGUUCGCCUGGAUCCGCACUCCUAUCGCUGAAGCGAAGCGGUUAGCUGAAGAGCUGGACCCUCCGCAGGAAGCCACAUUGCCAUUUGGGUCUUUAGGCGACGAGAAGGCUGAGGUGACGCUGACGGUGAAGUACUCUGUAGACCGUAUCCGUCUCUUGAAGCUACAGAAGAACCACGGCAAAGGUGGAGCCAUCCGCAAGGGUGUCAUGCGCGCUCGUGGUCAGCGUGUGUUAUUUGCAGAUGCAGACAAUGCUACGGAAAUCAGAGACUUUGACAAGCUGGCCAAGGCCUUGGACGAAGCUGCGAACUCAAAUGGUGUCGUGGUGUGUGGCAGUCGCGCUCAUCUUGAAGAACAGACUAUCGCUAAGCGAAACCCGCUCCGGAAUUUAUUGAUGCACGGCUUUCACUUGAUAGUGUCGACGCUGUGCAUUAAAAACGUGCGGGACACCCAGUGUGGCUUCAAGCUCUUUGAUCGCACAGCGGCCCGUGUGCUGUUUGCCCCAAUGCAUAUCGAACGAUGGGCGUUUGACGUCGAGCUGCUGUACCUCGCAGCCAGCAGCAAGAUGGCAAUCAAGGAAGUUGCUGUGCAGUGGACGGAGGUGCCAGGUUCCAAGCUUAGUGUCAUCUCGGCGACGAUCACGAUGUUGCGAGAGAUCAUUCUCAUCCGUUUGUGCUAUACUGUCGGCAUCUGGAAGAUCAACGACGGUGGCUUUCGUCUAGCCAAAAGACCGUGA